ACAAAACCCUGGCUAUUCAUUCAACUUUCUCUUUCAGUCUUCUCCGCCUCUUUCUGUAUUUUUCUUUUUGCCGCAACAAUGGCGUAUGAGGAAGAUGUUGAGACUAGGCGAGUUCAAGUCCGUUUCGUGACAAAGCUUCAGGCUCCUUUGAAAGCUCCUACCACAUCUAUUGCCAUCCCUUCCGACCUUACAAGAUUGGGUCUUUCUUCGGUUGUCAAUAAUCUUAUCAAAGCUGGAAAUUCUGAUUGGGAACCUCAACCCUUUGACUUUCUCAUCGAUGGGGAGCUUGUCCGGAUGUCACUUGAACAGUUUCUUCUUGCCAAGGGCAUUUCUGCGGAAAAAGUACUUGAAAUUGAAUACAUAAAGGCAGUAGCACCACGAAAACAGGAAGAUCCAUGUCUGCAUGACGAUUGGGUCAGUGCGGUCAGUGGUUCUAAUCCAGGGUUUAUUUUGACAGGGUGCUAUGACGGUUUUGGAAGGGUGUGGAAAGGUGGAUCAUGUACCCAUAUACUGGAGGGACAUGGGGAUGCUAUUACGUCUAUUAGUAUCAUCAAUCAGAAAGGUGCUAAGAGCAGCUUGACCACACAUGUAGCUACUGCUUCUAAAGAUAGGACAGUGAGGCUGUGGAAGUUUGACGCAGAGGAGCCCACUAAUAACGUUAGAGCUUUUAAAAUCCUGCGAGGGCACUCAUCGUCUGUGCAAAGUGUUGCACCACAACCCUCUGGAGAAAUGGUAUGUUCUGGUUCUUGGGAUUCUACAAUCAACUUGUGGCAGACAAAUGAGUCUGAUUCAGACGGUGACUUGGUCUCAGUAAAGAAGAGAAAAGUGAACUCUAAGGUUGAGGAAUCCCAGCUUGAGGGGGAAGCUGUGAGCUCACUUGUUGGCCAUACACAAUGUGUGUCUAGUGUUGUCUGGCCAGAAGAGCGAACUAUAUAUUCUGCAUCAUGGGAUCAUUCCAUCAGAAGUUGGGAUGUUGAAACAGGCAGAGAUGUCUUGAGCUUGUUCUGCGGGAAAGUUCUCAACGACCUUGAUGUUGGAGGUGAUAGCUCUGCGCUCAUUGCUGCCGGUGGUUCUGAUCCUGUUUUAAGAAUAUGGGAUCCUCGAAAAUCAGGUUCUUCAGCGCCUGUCCUGCAGUUUGCAUCUCAUUCUUCCUGGAUCACUGCUUGCAAGUGGCAUGACAGCUCGCGGCAACAUCUACUCUCAUCAUCUUAUGAUGGGAAGGUGAUGCUAUGGGAUUUACGAACUGCGUGGCCUCUGGCAGUAAUAGAAUCUCACAAAGAUAAGGUAUUAUGUGCUGACUGGUGGGGCGGCGAUAGUGUAGUCAGCGGCGGGGCAGAUUCUAACCUUUGUAUUUCUUCGGAAGUUUCCAUCUUGUAGGGUGAAAUUUCCACUUAUUUCUUAUGGUUGUCGAGUCAAAUUGUAUUCAGUUUUGGUACCAAACUUCUGUAUCUUAUCUUUCUUUCACAAAAUGGAAUAUGUGAAAAAGAACAGUGUUAGUUUCAUCAAACUUAUGUAUUUUUCUUUUAUUUUUCAUUCAAAAAUAUAAUAUGCAGAAAAAACAACAAUAUUUUCCUCGUAUUCUCCAUUACAGU